UCCUGCAGCGGCGGCGGCCCGGGGCGUACAGCGCGCAUGCGCCGCGGUCAGCCUGCCAGCGCCAUUUUGUGUGCGGCUCUUUCCCAUUUUAGGCCGCAGGAGGAAGGGAGCGGGAGUGGUCGGUGUCGCUCCCGUGGCGGGAGGUGAGGGAGCUGCGCCGCAGAGUGACGGGCUCGCCAGGAAGCAGCCUCCCGCGCUUUGAAGGGGCCGCACCUCGUUUCUUCUUUGCGGCCUACCCCCGCGUCGGAUGGCGGUGGUGGCCGCGGCGCCCCCUCUCCCGCUCGGCGGCGAUGGCGCAGGAGCGGGCCCGGCCGGACCCGGAAGUGAAGCGGCGGCGCCUCUGGUGGCGGCGCGCGGUGGAGCUGCCCGCCGGGAGAGCGCGGCGGAGCCGAGCGGCGCGGCCCGGUGCGGCGCGGCCCCUCCCGCGGCCGUUCUGCUGCUGCUCUCCCCGCGGAGCCCGCUGGAGUCGAGGGGCGGCGCUGAGGCGGCCCGCCCGCCGCGGUCGGUGCCGAACGCCCCAGCAGAGACGCCGCUGGGGCUGCAGGUAGGGGCUGCAGGCGCCGCCCGUGCCGCUUUCCCCUUACGCCGGUUCCUCAGCCGGUGCGGGCGGGACCCGGGUCGCUGCGCAUCCCUCGGAGGAAGGCGUUGCUUCGCCGCCAUUAAUCAUCCCCUGCUGCCCGUGACGCAUUUGGGCAGAAAAACCCUGUCCACCUGGAUGCAUCUGUUACAACUGGCAUGCUUAGAAAGUUCACAGUGCAUCGCCCAUCUAGCUAUUGUGAGCAGAAGGACUCUCUUUCUGUAUAGCCAGUCAGCAGGAGAGGUGACUUGUUCUUUUAUGGUAUUUAAAGCACCUAAGAAUGCCUAGCUGGGCAACUCAACAAAGAGUAUAAACAUUCUCACAAAACUUAGGGAUGAUGUGUAGUAUAAUGGAAUGAAAAAGCUGUGCUUCUGGCAAGCCAGGGAAAGGAUCUAAUUUUCAUUGGGAUAUGAACUUCAGGAUUCAAUUACACCAUGAUACUGAAAUAUUACAUCCUAAAUGUAUGUCAGUGUUAACAAGCCCUGAGAUUUCAGGACAGCUUGACUGUACUAGAAUCCUGCAGCUGUGCCCCGUCCUGUUCCGAGCCACUCAAAUUUAACAAAGUUAAAGCUUUAGAAGCUGUAGAAUGACACAAUCAUAGUAAGUCCUUUCAGGAUCUAAUCUCCCUGUAAAUAGACGUGAUAUAAGGUAGAAAUGUUUUUAACUUUAUUGUUCAAAGCAGCAGUAUUUAUAUUAUGUGUACUUUGUUAGUACCAAAGGUCUUACAGAUGCAAUGCAGCAGAUUCACCUGGGGAUAUGCAUUUUGGUCUUGGCUUGUGCAAAUUAGCACAAGGUUUCUUAAUUUAAAAACAGUUAACUUUAAAAAAGCAUUAAGGCACUCUCAAGUGUAACGCUGGCCUUUGGUUAUAUUUAAUUCUGGAGCUUAGGUGAUGGUUGUAAGUAAAUUAGAACAAAUUAUGACCUUUAAAAUGUCUUUGGUGUAUUGGUUCAGAAUUUAUAAAAAUUUUGCCCAAAGUCUUCCAUAUAUGUGGGACUCAAUAGGAAAAGGGAAGUAUAGGAAUGUCUGUAUUCUUCCUAAGAAUAAGCAGCAGCCAAAUAAAACUGUUGAAUGUGUCAUGUGGCUUCCUUGAGAAGAGAGACAAAAAACCAAGAUUUCUGGGAUAAGACAUUUUAAUUCUGUUCAGUAGUGACAUACUGCUCUGGACAUACUGCAUUUACAUGCAGAUAAAAGAACUCUGAACACAGCUAAAAUUCUCCAGAAAUAUUAAAAAUACUGAUUCUUGUUCUAACACUUGAGCUUCUUAGUUUGUAAUGAAAUACUAUGCUACUC